AUGACUGGAUCCCGCCAAGAUGUCCCCGACCCGGGGAGCGACAUGGACGAGGACGAGGCGCUGCGCUAUGCCAUCGCCCUCUCGCUUCAGGAACAGGAGAACCAAGAUCAGCAAACAUCACCCCAGGUCCCACCCGCAUCAGCUUCUUCAGCUUCAUCCAGCCGCCGGAACGGGACUGGUUCGGGCGGGGCCUCGUUCGGCCUCCUCUCGCUCGAUCGCAAGAAGAUGGAACAGGAAAGGCUGCAGAGGUUGGCCAAGCGGCGCCGCUCCCCUUUGGACGAAGACGACGACGACGUUGUAGAGGUUCCACCGCCCAAGAGAAGGACGCCCGUCGAACCGUCUAGGUCUCUGCCCGGGCCAUGGUCCCCGAGCUCGCCGCCGUUUCCAGGCGGUGUCGUCAAGCGGACUUGGGCGAGGGGAUAUCCACGCACUUCCGAGGACAUCAAGAUCGAGGAGGUGUUUCAGAAAGAUAGGCUGGAGCUUGCCGUCCUCAGCUCAUACCAGUGGGACGACGAGUGGCUUCUAUCAAAGAUCGACCUCAGGAGGACCAAGUUGCUGCUCGUGGCAUCUGCGGCAGACGAAUCCCAGAAGAGAGAAAUGCAAUCCAACACGCCACCGGGCAUCAGGUUCUGCUUCCCGGCCAUGAAUGGGCCCGGGGCGAUGCAUUCCAAGCUCCAGCUGCUCAAGUAUCCCGACUACCUCAGAGUGGUAGUACCCACUGCGAAUCUGGUCCCCUACGACUGGGGCGAGACUGGCGUCAUGGAGAACAUGGUCUUUUUGAUCGAUCUCCCCAAGCUAGAGGCCUCGGUCGACCACCAACCAACCCAUUUCAGUACCGAGCUCGGCCGAUUCCUGUCAGAGACCGGUGUUGGUGCGGGCAUGGUCAGCAGCCUCAGCAACUACGAUUUCUCAAGGACGAAGCACUUGGGGUUUGUGUACACCAUCCCAGGAGGUCAUGUUGGUGAUUCUCUCAAGCGAAUAGGAUACUGCGGACUCGGCAACAGUGUGGCUUCUCUCGGGCUAGCCACCGACGACCCCGUCGAGGUGGACAUGGUGUGCGCAUCUCUUGGAUCCCUCAACUACGACUUGGUGGGCGCAAUGUACAACGCCUGUAGAGGAGACGAUGGCAUGGCCGAGUACAAGUCGAGGAUAGGCCGAACGGGCGCAGCAGCCAAGAACAAGUCGUCAAGCCCAUGGGCAGCCAAGCUAAAGGACCGUUUCCGAAUCUAUUUUCCGACAGACGAGACGGUGGCCCAGAGUCGAGGAGGACGAAUGGCUGCGGGCACCAUCUGCGUCCAGCCCAAGUGGUGGCGCUCGCCGACCUUCCCCACCGAACUGGUGCGGGACUGUGUGAACACUCGGGAGGGACUCUUGAUGCACAGCAAGAUGAUCUUUGUGCGACGGAUCCCCAAGAGUACGGAAGCGGAAGAUGGAGACGGAGCUGGGCAGUCCAGUGCGGAGCCGCGACUGGGCAAAAGACGCGGACAGCAUGAGCCGGAUCACCAUGAUGAAAAUGAUGAUUCAGCGGAACUGAAUGCGGCGGUGCUAUCUCCGGGUUGGGCGUAUGUGGGCAGCGCAAAUCUGUCGGAGAGCGCGUGGGGCCGCAUAGUCAAGGACCGAGCGACAGGGCAGCCCAAGAUGAGCUGUCGCAAUUGGGAGAGCGGCGUUGUGGUGCGGGUGAGCAGCCGCAACAGCAGUAGCAGCAGCAGCAGCGGCAUUAGCAGUAGAGGCACCACCAACAGCAUGGGCCGCGCCAACGCCAACGCCGGCAGCACCAGCAGCACCAGCAGCACCAGCAGCAAGAACCGCCAGAGCAGUGCCGUCCUCGCGGCGGAGGCCCAGGCACGCGUGCAGGCGGGGAACCCAUCGGGCGAGCCGGACAAGGGAGGCGAUACGAGCCAUACCCAGCAGCAGCAGGUCACGGACAUGGGCAUAUUUGAUGGGACGGUUCCAGUCCCGGUGCGAGUGCCAGGGCGACGCUACCGAGCAGGCGAAGAGCCCUGGUUUUACAGUGGCCAGGGCUGA